AUGGCUGAGUCUCUUGAAUAUCCCCCUACGCUGGAUAGCGCCUUCAAUGGUGCAUCUGAAAUCAAAGACCGCUUUGAUCCGAUCCGGUUGACGACAAGCAACAUCGUCCCAAUCAUCAACCUGCCCCUCUCUCAAAAGGUGCUGGGUCAUGAGUCGAGUGAGGGCCUCGCGCAAGUCGCAAGCGGAGAUGUUUCAUACACCAACUUCGUCGCGGAACAGGCUCGCUCCGCCCUGCAGUCAACCGAUGACCAAUCUACCGAACAAAAGCAAUCACAACUGCUGCAUCUUGGUCUAGCAGCUUUGUUCGCCUUCUUACAGUCCAACGUCACCGGACCUCCCCUCGAAUUCAGCUCAGCUGAGGCCAUUUUCCCUUCCGCUCUCCGAACCGAACCACAAACCCUCAAGGCUGUGCGAGCGAAGAUCAUCAGGGAUCUCUCGGUGGAUGGUGAAGCGGGCUACAGACUCACACCUAACCCCGAACUGUUUGCCGUCGCCAAGGCCUUGCUGGCUGAUACAGCCACAGAUGGACCGCUCUUUGCUAAGACCGCGCGUAUGCGCGCCAACUUCCUUCACCAAAAGAUGCUUUCGGAGGUCACAAGCACUUUGCAAGAUGUGAUCUACAAGGAUGUUGAAGUUUUGGACAAGGCCGAGCUAAAUGCUGACGAGAGGGGUCGCUUCCUCCUUGAAAGAGCUAUUAUUAACACUCACCAUGGCUUCGACAUCAAGGCCCGUGAAGAUAUUGACCAGGCCGCCAAGGUACGCAGAUUCGAAUUUGCGUUGACUGGUAAGAUGGGCAAGAGGACAAAGUUCCAAGACCGUGAUAUCAGUCAAUUGGUUGUACUCGCUAAGAGUGCCGAUGAGACAUCGCUUUCCUCUGAGCCCUCUGGGCCCAAGAAAUUGGAUCUGAACGAUGACACACUUCUUGAGAACAUCUCUUUCUCUGACCAAAAGGACGGUGAAGAAUCUGCUGCAAUCCAAGAUAAGCUCCCGGCUUCCUUGGAGGGUAUCGAUGCCAACAACCAGCCAAUUCUGAACCCAGUGGAUUCAGCUCUCUUGCUGGCCCUGGCUUCUGCUAUCACCAAUACUUCUCCUGAGAACGGUCUCACUCGCGAAGAAACAAACCCCUACGCUAUUCGUGUACUUGAUGGAGGUAGUUCAAACUGGCAAAUUUAUACACAGGCACUCUUGGUGCGCAGUCGUGUGGAGGGCUACCGCUCGCGUACAGUCGAGCGAGCCGUGCUCCAAAUGCAGGCUUUGGUCGACCAGGUCAUUGCCGAUACCGCGACUAGUGACGACGCAGCCCAAACCGAAUCAGGCGAGCCUUCAACUUUCCUGCCACGUCCGGAACAAUCCGAAUCCGCCCCGGCCGCGGAGCGACUCGAAAACAUCUGGAUCCUUAACUUCUCAACUCGAUGGAGUCUCGAAGCUGAGCUCGCAAAGCGCUGGGUCGACCUCGGUGGUCUGCGCACUGCACUAGAGAUCUAUGAGCGACUUCACCUUUGGGCUGAAGCCGCCCUGUGCUACGCUGCCACCGAGCGUGAAGGCAAGGCCAAGACCCUCAUCCGCCGCCAGCUAUACGAAGCCACAGGCUCGGAUGAGAACGACGAGAAUGAACUUUUCGAUGGACCUGAGCGUUCACCAUUGCCAGCAGAUGCACCUCGCCUGCUUUGUAUCUUGGGAGAUAUUAACAAGGACGAAAACAUGUACGAGCGCGCAUGGGAGGUAUCUGGUCAGCGAUACGCUCGCGCCCAGCGAUCCUUGGCCCGGCACUAUCUCACCUCCACUCCCCCAGAGCUGGAGAAGGCCGAGGCCGCAUACAAGAAGAGUCUUAAAAUCAACCGCCUCAACCAUGGCGCCUGGUUCGCUCUCGGAUGUGUGCAGCUUGAGCUCCAAAAGUGGGAAGAAGCUACCGACACAUUCACCCGCACCGUCCAGUUGGAUGACACAGAUGGCCAAGCGUGGAGUAACCUCGCUGCCGCGAUGCUUCGCACAUCUGCACCUCAGCCCACUCCUGACACAGUCGAUGAAGUCACAGGCGAGACCCCUGCUGAUGUAGACCCUCACAAGCGCAAGCGUGAGGCCCUUUCUGCGCUGCAGCGCGCUGCCCAACUCAAGGGCACUGACGCACGCAUCUGGGACAAUGUUCUGACUGUUGCUGCCUCCAUCCCGCCACCAGCAACACCUUUCCGCGAUGUUAUCACUGCGCAAAGACGCAUCAUUGAGUUGAUCGGCGCAAAGAGCGGAGAGAAGUGUGUUGAUGUGGCUAUUUUGGGCCUGUUGGUCGAUUUCCUCAACACUGCUUUCUCGUACGAUGACCUGCUCAUUCGCUCCGAGGAUGAAUCCGAAACUCCCAUCCUUCGUACCGGUACUAUUCCCGGUCAGAUUAUCUCUCUGGUUGACAACCACGUCGUUCCACUCAUCACGCAUUCAGCAAUCUUGUGGCAAAUCGUUGCUCGCGUUGAGGUGUUCCGUGAGCGUCCAAGCAAGGCUUUCGAGGCACACGAAAAGGCUUGGCGUGCGACUGUCGCUGCCAAUGCCCAGGGCGCUUUCCAGAUGGGUGAUGAGAAGCCCUGGCUCGAGGUUGUGCGUGCUACAGAGAAGCUUGUCCGGGAUGGAUAUGCUAAGUUCGGACCCAUAGACCGGGAAGGUCAAAAACUUGAGGGUGACCAAGAAGGCGAGCUUGUUGCAAAGGACUGGCGUUUCAAGGCCAGAAGUGCCGUCCGAGGUAUCCUGGGCAAGGGCAAAGACUUCUGGGAUGGAACCGAGGGCUGGGAUCGUCUGAAGGAGUUGCAGUCUGAGGUUACCGGAAACUAA